GUUAUCAAGAUGCUUAUCCCACCGUAUGCCCCACAGCACUGCAGCGAAUACCAGCGCCAGGAGUGAGGGUGUAAAUCUGCUCCCCAGGAGGUUCCUGCCAGCAGUGUGGGGGGUGAUCUUUAUAAGUGCUCUAAUAGGAGCAGUAGGUCAGACUGCCGUCCAGUCUGCCUAACUAGGUGAAAGCCUAAGUAGGUGACAGCUGGCUGGGAGGGGAGUGAACAAACUUCAACAUUGCCCAAGUGAUUAGCCUGGUCAGUGGUGAGGAGCCCUUGACAGGCAGUGGCUGUGUGCAGAGACCGGUCAGAUCCAUCGGCGGGAGACGCUACGUUCACCAGAGAAAUGAGAGAUCAGAUGCACAGGAACCUCACUGAGAGUUUAUUCCCUUGGUUGUUUGCAGAUGCUGGCAUAUCAGAAGUGGUUCAGCUCCGACUGGUGAACAGCCCAAGUCGCUGCGCUGGGAGGGUCGAGGUGCUUCACAGCCAGAAGUGGGGAACCGUGUGUGAUGACAGCUGGGACCUACAGGAUGCUGGAGUCGUGUGCAGGCAGCUGGGCUGUGGGACGGCGUUAUCAGCCCCAAGAAGGGCUCGAUUUGGGCAAGGCUCUGACCGUAUCUGGCUGGAUGAUGUCAACUGCACAGGGACAGAAGCUGCCCUCUCCGAUUGCAGAGCUCGGCCUUGGGGAGACAACAACUGUAACCACAGAGAAGAUGCCGGUGUUGUGUGCUCAGACGCUGGCAUCUCAGAAGUGGCUCAGCUCCAACUGGUGAACGGCCCGAGUCGCUGCGCUGGGAGGGUCGAGGUGCUUCACAACCAGCAGUGGGGAACCGUGUGUGACGAUGGCUGGGACUUACAGGAUGCCGGAGUCGUGUGCAGGCAGCUGGGCUGUGGGACGGCGUUAUCAGCCCCACGAGGAGCUCGAUUUGGGCCAGGAUCUGACCGUAUCUGGCUGGCUGACAUCAACUGCACAGGGACAGAAGUUGCCCUCUCCGAUUGCAGGGCUUUGUCUUGGGGAGAGAAUAACUGUACACACGGAGAAGAUGCCGGUGUUGUGUGCUCAGACGCUGGCAUCUCAGAAGUGGCUCAACUCCGACUGGUGAACGGCCCGAGUCACUGCGCUGGGAGGGUCGAGGUGCUUCACAACCGUCAGUGGGGAACCGUGUGUGAUGACAGCUGGGACUUACAGGAUGCCGGAGUCGUAUGCAGACAGCUGGGCUGUGGGACAGCAUUAUCAGCCCCAGGAGGGGCUCGAUUUGGGCAAGGGUCAGACCGUAUCUGGCUGGAUAACAUGAACUGCACAGGGACAGAAGUUGCCCUCUCUGACUGCAGGGCUCGGCCUUGGGGAGAAAAUAACUGUACCCACAGAGAAGAUGCCGGUGUUGUGUGCUCAGAUGCUGGCAUAUCAGAAGUGGUUCCGCUCCGACUGGUGAACAGCCCAAGUCACUGCGCUGGGAGGGUCGAGGUGCUUCACAACCAGAAGUGGGGAACCGUGUGUGAUGACCGCUGGGACUUACAGGAUGCCGGAGUCGUGUGCAGGCAGCUGGGCUGUGGGACGGCAUUAUCAGCCCUAGGAGGGGCUCGAUUUGGACAAGGAUCUGACCGUAUCUGGCUGGAUGACGUCAACUGCACCGGGACAGAAGCUGUCCUCUCCGAUUGCAGGGCUCGGCCUUGGGGAGACAGUAACUGUAACCACAGAGAAGAUGCCGGUGUUGUGUGCUCAGACGCUGGCAUCUCAGAAGUGGCUCAGCUCCGACUGGUGAACGGCCCGAGUGGCUGCGCUGGGAGGGUCGAGGUGCUUCACAACCAGCUCUGGGGAACCUUGUGUGAUGACAGCUGGGACUUACAGGAUGCCGGAGUCGUGUGCAGACAGCUGGGCUGUGGGACGGCGUUAUCAGCCCCAGGAGGGGCUCGAUUUGGGCGAGGAUCUGACCGUAUCUGGCUGGCUGACGUCAACUGCACAGGGACAGAAGUUGCCCUCUCCGAUUGCAGGGCAUGGCCUUGGGGAGAGAAUAACUGUACCCAUGGAGAAGAUGCCGGUGUUGUGUGCUCAGACGCUGGCAUCUCAGAAGUGGCUCAGCUCCGACUGGUAAACAGCCCGAGUCACUGCGCUGGGAGAGUCGAGGUGCUUCACAACCAUCAGUGGGGAACUGUGUGCGAUGACAACUGGGACCUACAGGAUGCUGGAGUCGUAUGCAGGCAGCUGGGCUGUGGGACGGCGUUAUCAGCCCCAGGAGGGGCUCGAUUUGGGCGAGGGUCAGACGGUAUCUGGCUGGAUGACGUCAACUGCACAGGGACAGAAGUUGCCCUCUCCGAUUGCAGGGUUCAGACUUGGGGAGAGAGUAACUGUACCCACGGAGAAGAUGCCGGUGUUGUGUGCUCAGACUCAGGCAUCUCAGAAGUGGCUCAGCUCCGACUGGUGAACGGCCCAAGUCGCUGCGCUGGGAGAGUCGAGGUGCUUUACAACAAGCUCUGGGGAACCGUGUGUGAUGACAGCUGGGACUUACAGGAUGCCGGAGUCGUGUGCAGACAGCUGAGCUGUGGGACGGCAUUAUCAGCCCCAGGAAGGUCUCGAUUUGGGCAAGGAUCUGAUCCUAUAUGGCUGGACAAUGUUCACUGCACAGGGACAGAAGCUGCCCUCACCGAUUGCAGGGCUCAGACUUGGGGAGAGAAUAACUGUACCCAUGGAGAAGAUGCCGGUGUUGUGUGCUCAGAUGCUGGCAUCUCAGGAGUGGCUCAUCUCCGACUGGUGAAUGGUCCAAGUCACUGCGCUGGGAGGGUUGAGAUGCUUCACAACCAGCAGUGGGGAACCGUGUGUGAUGACGGCUGGGACUUACAGGAUGCCGGAGUUGUAUGCAGGCAGCUGGGCUGCGGGACGGCGUUAUCAGCCCCAGGAGGGGCUCGAUUUGGGAGAGGGUCAGACCGUAUCUGGCUGGCUGACGUCAACUGCACAGGGACAGAAGUUGCCCUCUCUGAUUGCAGGGCUCGGCCUUGGGGAGACAAUAACUGUACCCACGGAGAAGAUGCCGGUGUUGUGUGCUCAGACGCUGGCAUUUCAGAAGUGGCUCAGAUCCGACUGGUGAACAGCAGGAGUCGCUGCACUGGGAGAGUCGAGGUGCUUCACAACCGUCAGUGGGGAACCGUGUGUGAUGACGGCUGGGACUUACAGGAUGCUGGAGUCAUAUGCAGGCAGCUGGGCUGUGGGACGGCGUUAUCAGCCCCACGAGGGGCUCGAUUUGGGCAAGGAUCUGAUCCUAUAUGGCUGGAUUACGUCAACUGCACAGGGACAGAAGCUGCCCUCUCUGAUUGCAGGGCUUGGCCGUGGGGAGACAGUAACUGUACCCACGGAGAAGAUGCCGGUGUUGUGUGCUCAGACUCUGGCAUCUCAGAAGUGGCUCAGCUCCAACUGGUGAAUGGUCCAAGUCGCUGCGCUGGGAGGGUCGAGAUGCUUCACAACCAGCUCUGGGGAACCGUGUGUGGUGACAGCUGGGACUUACAGGAUGCCAGAGUCGUGUGCAGGCAGUUGGGCUGUGGGACGGCGUUAUCAGCCCCAGGAGGGGCUCGAUUUGGGCAAGGAUCUGACCGUAUCUGGCUGGAUGACGUCAACUGCACAGGGACAGAAGCUGCCCUUUCCGAUUGCAGGUUUCAGCCUUGGGGAGAGAAUAACUGUACCCACGGAGAAGAUGCCAGUGUUGUGUGCUCAGACGCUGGCAUCUCAGAAGUGGCUCAGCUCCGACUGGCGAACAGCAGGAGUCACUGCGCUGGGAGGGUCGAGGUGCUUCACAACCAGAAGUGGGGAACCGUGUGCGAUGAUAGCUGGGACCUACAGGAUGCUGGAGUCGUGUGCAGGCAACUGGGCUGUGGGACGGUGUUAUCAAUCCCAGGAGGUGCUCGAUUUGGGCGAGGAUCAGACCAUAUCUGGCUGGAUGAUGUCAACUGCACAGGGACAGAAGCUGCCCUCUCUGAUUGCCGGGCGCAGUCUUGGGGAGUGAAUAACUGUACCCAUGGAGAAGCUGCCGGUGUUGUGUGCUCAGACUCUGGCAUCUCAGAAGUGGCUCAGCUCCGACUGGUGAACGGCCCGAGUCACUGUGCUGGGAGGGUCGAGGUGCUUCACAACCAGCAGUGGGGAACCGUGUGUGAUGACGGCUGGGACAUAACCGAUGCUGGAGUCGUAUGCAGGCAGCUGGGCUGUGGGACGGCGUUAUCAGCCCCAGGAGGGGCUCGCUUUGGGCGAGGAUCUGACCAUAUCUGGCUGGAUGACAUCAACUGCACAGGAACAGAAGCUGCCCUCUCCGAUUGCAGAGCUCGGCCUUGGGGAGAUAAUAACUGUACCCACGGAGAAGUUGCUGGUGUUGUGUGCUCAGGCUCAGGCAUCUCAGAAGUGGCUCCGCUCCGACUGGUGAACGGCCCAAGUCGCUGCGCUGGGAGAGUCGAGGUGCUUCACAACCAGCAGUGGGGAACUGUGUGUGAUGACAGCUGGGGCUUGUCCGAGGCUGAAGUCGUGUGCAGGCAGCUGGGCUGUGGGACAGCGUUAUCAGCGCCACGUGGGGCUCACUUUGGACAAGGAUCUGACCGUGUGUGGCUGGAUGAGAUUCAGUGCACAGGGGCAGAAGCUGCCCUCACCGAAUGCAAGGCUAAGCCUUGGGGAGAGCAUGGCUGUAACCCCGGAGAAGAUGCAAAUGUUGUGUGCUCAGAUCAGGGCCAGCUGAGGCUGCGGCUGACGAGUGGCCCAAGCCCCUGCUCCGGGCGAGUGGAGGUGCUGAUUAACAACACCUGGGGUGCCGUGUGUGACGCCGGCUGGGGCCUGCCAGAGGCGGGGGUGGUGUGCAAGCAGCUGGGCUGCGGCACGCCGCGAUCGGCCCCGGGAGUUGCUCAGUUCGGCCCCAUGGCCAGUGACGUCUGGCUGGAGGGCUUGAGCUGCUCUGGCCAGGAGUCUCUCAUCAGUGAGUGCCAGCUGAGUCGGCUGGGUCCCAGGCUGUGUGGCCGUGGCUCCGAGGCCAGCGUGGUGUGUGCCGGGCAGGCCGGCCUUGGGCUACUCUACUAUGUGCUCCUCGGCCUGGGUGCCGUCGUGGUGCUGAUCUGCGGGGUCCUGCUCUGCUGGAGGAUGCGUCGGAACAGAGCUGCUGGGAACUCCCUGGGUAAGAGCCCUGAACCCCCGCAGGGGAGGGGAAGGGGGGCCUGGGACAAGGGCUGCCCUGCCGUCCUGACCCAGGAAUCCAGCCCCAGCUGCAGCCCAGUAUCCUUGAGCUGCAACCCAGUGCCCUGUUCAUGCCCUGGGCUGCCUCCCUGCAUGGGGACCUUCUGCUCUCACAGCUGCUGGGGUCCCAGCUCUGACUGCCAUGCACAGGCCCAGUGUCCCAGCCUGCGGGUGCCCCGUCCCUACAGCCCUGCCCUGGCAGUGGGUCCCAUUCACAAUGUGCCCUGGGAUGCUGGGUGAGGGGGGGCUGGGAGGGGGCUAGGGUUGCCAAGCAUCGGUUUUUUGACUGGAAUCAUAAAAAGUCCAGUCGGUGGCACAGCGGGGCUAAGGCAGGCCUCCUCCCUGCCCUGGAUCUGCACAGCUCCCUGGAAGUGGCCAUCAUGUCCCUGUGACCCCUAGGCACAGGGGUGAUCAGGGAAGCUCCACAUGCUGCCCCUGUCCCCAGCGCUGGCACCGCAGCUCUCAUUGGCCAUGAACCAAGGUCUAUGGGAGAUGUGGGGGCAGUGCCUGCUGGCGCAGGCAGCACACAGCGUUCAGAGCCACCUGGUGGCUCUGCCUCUGCCUCAGGGCCUGACAUGCUGGCUGCUUCCAGGAGCAGCGUGGAGCCUGCCUUAAGGCCGCUGGGAGCUUCCUGAGGUAAGCGGUGCCUGGCCGGAGCCUGAACCCCCAACCCCCUGUCCCAGAUCAAAACCCCAUCCUGCAACCUCUCUCCCCGAGCCUGCACCCACACCCCAACCCCCUCCCCCAGGUCUGAACACCCUCCUGCACCCUAACUCCCUCCCAGACCCCACACCUCCACUCGCACCUCAACCCCCUG